UCUGCAUCUGGCUGUGUACAAUUUUUGGACUAACCUGCAAAAUGAAAUUUCAUACAGAAUUGUUAAAAUCCAUUCAUUGCUGUAUCCUAAAUAAUUAUUUCAAACGUUAUUUAAACAACAAUAUAGCCAGUGUUACCAAAAUACAUAGGGAACUCUAUACACGACAAUAUCCAACAAAAGUAGUACUCGCCGAUGGUUCUUCAAUUGACAUCAGAUAUCAUGAGCCCAGAAAGAUAAUUAAGCUACCCCUGGAUUUAUCUCUCCUAUCUGAAGAUGAAAGGAAAAUUAGGCUAGAAAAGAGAAAACCAAAGAAAAAAGUGAAGAUAACUGAUGAUUUAGAAGAUAACUUCAAUGCCAAGAAAUAUUUAAAGUAUUUGAAGAAAUAAUAUAUUAAGUUCUGUAUCAUUGUUGUACAGCAAAACCCAG